CCCGAAGUGCAUUGAGAAAUGUGAGGAAACGGCGUAACUCGCGCGACACAUUGUUGCUGGGACUGAAAUAAACUGGUUUUUGUCGCCUGUAUUUGGGUUUUUAUCAAAUUUCGGUGCAUUAGGAGCCUGUUUUCCUGAAUUGUAAAUGUAAAGCGGGAUUCAUAUUGUUACCGGAAAGUCUUUAUGAAAACACGAAAACCGUGCGAAGUCUUUCAUGAUGUCUGAUUGAAUUUUUGGGCUCGAGCUGUGGAACGUCGUUGUUAUUAUUUUAGUUGUGUGUGUUUUUAUAACGUAACCAAGUCAAUAUCGAUUUGUUUUUUUCAGUUUUUCUUUUUAACCUCUUCCCUGCGUAGUUUUAUAUUUUGUUUGAAAAAUGGGUUCAAUAUUAAGCCGAAGAAUUGCUGGAGUUGAAGAUAUUGACAUCCAAGCAAAUUCUGCAUACAGGUAUCCUCCGAAAUCGGGAAACUAUUUUGCAAGUCACUUCUUCAUGGGAGGGGAAAAGUUUGAUACUCCACACCCAGAGGGAUACCUGUUUGGAGAGAACACAGACCUGAAUUUCCUUGGGAACAGACCUGUGCAGUUUCCAUAUGUUACCCCAGCUGCCCACGAACCAGUAAAGACAUUGAGGAGUUUAGUUAACAUCAGGAAAGACUCCCUUCGCUUGGUCAGGUACAAAGAUGAUUCAGACAGCCCCAAUGAAGAGAAUGGGAAGUCCAGGGUCCUGUAUAGUGUGGAGUUUACCUUUGAUGCUGAUGCUCCUGUGGCAAUCAGCAUUUACUGCCAGGCCUCUGAAGAAUUUUCCAAUGGGAUGGCAGUAUACAACCCACGGAACCCUGCCCUGGUCUCUGAAACAGUAUAUUACAAGAGAGGGGUGAGCCAGCAGUUUUCACUGCCUUCUUUCAAAAUGGAUUUCUCCAAGUGGAAAGAGGAAGAGCUGAACUUUGACCUGGAAAAAGGCAUUUUCCCAGUGGUGAUCCGAGCUGUGGUUGAUGAAGGUGAUGAGCUCACAGGACAUGCACAUGUUCUUUUGGCAGCCUUUGAAAAACACGUUGACGGCAGUUUCUCAGUGAAGCCUUUAAAACAGAAACAGAUUGUGGAUCGUGUGAGCUACCUGCUUCAGGAGAUCUAUGGAAUAGAAAACAAGAACAACCAGGAGACAAAGCCCUCAGAUGAUGAGAACAGUGACAACAGCAAUGAGUGUGUGGUGUGCCUGUCAGACCUGCGCGACACCCUGAUCCUGCCCUGUCGACACCUGUGUCUGUGUAACUCUUGUGCUGACACACUGCGUUACCAGGCCAACAACUGUCCCAUCUGCAGAUUGCCUUUCCGUGCAUUGCUUCAGAUCCGUGCUGUCCGCAAGAAGCCAGGGGUCCUGUCUCCUGUAUCCUUCAGCCCUGUCCUAGCACAAACAAUGGACCAUGACGAGCAUUCGAGCUUAGACAAUAUCCCACCAGGCUUUGAACCCAUCUCCUUGCUCGAAGCCCUGAAUGGUCAGCAAUCGGUAUCCCCAGAAAUCCCCUCUGCCCCCUUGUAUGAAGAGAUCAACUUCUCUGGGAGUCUGGGGGAAUCUCACCUCCUCUCUAGCCUGCCGCUGGGCACCAGCGACCGAGCCAUGGACAAGGGCAAGGUCAGCAAGUCCCCGGACAGCACACUGCGCUCCCCCUCCUCCCCAUUCCAGGAAGAAGAUGAAGAGAAGCUGUCUGAAGUUUUUGAUGCCCAGCCUCACCCUCUGAUACUGAGCAAUCCCACCUCACCAGAGACCACACCAGCAGAAGAUUCUGUCACACCGAACAGAGUUCAGAGAUCCCGGUCCAUGGAAGAUAUUCUCCAAGACAGCAUCAGCGAGCACAGCAGCCUGACUAAGUCCGACAGUGACCCGCUAGUUGAGAUCUCCCUGUCAGCCCUGGGUCCUGACUCCUGCUCAGUUGGUAUUGAGGAGUAACUCUGGAUCCUCCGAGUCGACCGAGAGCCUGAAAAGCCAGAGCACGAACAGUUCAAGCCAGCCUCUCCUCUCCCAACUGAGCAGCCUCCACAUCGAGGACGAGCAGCAUACUUCAUGAACACGGCAGGAACUUUCCUUUCAAAGCCACCUACAGCAAGACGCUGUGUUUUAUGACAACGACGCCGAGCACUAACCAGAAUGAGUACAAACACGCUCAACAGCCUUUCAAAGGGUCUUUUUAGUUACUACAGUGUUGAUGCAACAAUGCUAUCUUCAUUUUACAUUAAAUUUGUUUCAAGAUAAUCAUUUAAAAAAAAAAAAAAAAAAAAAAGUGGAAGUGUGACCUUCAGAUACAAAAUAUUUUGUAAUCUUUUUUCAAUCUUUGCUGUGCCAUUUUCACACAAAAACGUGUGCUUCUUCAGCUGCAGUACAAUCGUAGUUUAUUGCUUGAAACAGGUGUCAGCAAGUGUAAAUAGUGUAAGCAGUAAUGUAUCUGGUACAUAGAAUUAACAAAGGUCUCAGAAUAAUUAUAUGUGUUCUCUCAAAUUAAUUCAUAAAAAAUUUGAUUGAUUGAAAUUAGAAUUUUUUUGCCACAGUUAAAAUGCAAAAAGCCGUUAUAUUUGUAAUGCCCAGAAGAUACAGUAGCAUUGAACUGUAUUCCUGGAACUUACUUCCGUCACUUGAGGCUGAAUUGAUUAUAUUAAUUAGUGAUUUGCAUUUUAGAUUUUAGAUGGCAGUAUCACAACAUAUUUGACUGAUUGAUUAAUUAACUAAAUGCACAAUCUCAUGAUUAUUACUUUAGCGUUAUAAUUCUGUUUCCAAUCAAUGAGACACAAACACAAUGUUGUGUUUGACUACCACGUACAGUUUAUUUUUAUAUUUCUGAAAGCAACCCUGCUUGAUUACUUUUACUAUUUUUUAUUUUAUACAAAUGAACACUGUAUUUAAAAAAAUAUUACAGUUUUAAACUACAGUAUUAGAUUAGCUAUUUUUUCAUCUGACAAACAUUUUGUUUAUCCGCUUCACAAAUAAUGGUUCCAUUUUGGACAUCUUUCAAAGGUAUACCUUUAGUGAAAUGUUGCUGAAAGAGCAUCAGCAGAAACGCUAGCUUCUUCCAGACUUUAUAAAUGAUUUACUGUAUUAGAAAUAACAGCUAUCGGAGAAAAGUCAACACCCCCCCUCCUGCCACCCCAUUAGGGUCCUUACUGAACAGUGAUGUGGGCGCCUACAGAUUUUAAUUGUAGAAAUCUGAUUGUGUGAACAAGUUAUGUAGAUAUCUGCAUUGGUUGCUUUGCCAUGGUCAUUGUUCCUAGCAGUCAUGGCUUGUGUAACUGUCAUCUUGCAUGCAUGUGCCUUCUUUGUUAUAACGUGCCAGUCCUUUUGUGUUUAUAAAUGAGACGGGCAACACUCAAUGCACAUUUCGCAGCAUGUUGUAUAGCUUUUGAACUGUACUUGGCCUUAGUUUUAUCAAGAGGGUUGAGUAUUGUAAAUUAUAUUUUUACUUUACGGACACCAAUUUAAGCAUUUCCAUAAAGGACACUUUAAAUAUACCCACAUCAGAUCUAUUUAAUUAAUAAUAAAUAAACUAUUCUGCCAAUCUAUGGUAUAUUUUUUAUAUUUGGUUGUCCUGUGUGUGUGCUUUUUUAUUAUUAUUAUUAUUUUUAUUUUUGUGUUGGGAUACAAUAAGAUUUAUUUUCAUUGAAGUGGUUACUGCACCUUCACAUACGUAUAUCUAAGGGAAAUGUAAUAUUAUAUUAUUGAUGUGGCUUUACUUUGUGGCACAUUUGAAUUUAUGCUAGAAAUUCUAGUGUUGAUUCCUCCUACAUAAAUAAUUAUUUUGAUGGCCCAAGUAACGUGUCCUCAAGAUGAUGUGUAGCCAUUUUUGUAUGCCGCAGUCCUGCACAAUUUCAAGCAGUGGAUGAUGAAGUAAAUAAAUAUGCACUUUUUGGAAUCCAGGGGGAAUUACUUGCUGGUAAAAAGCAGAACUACUAGGGGAACAUGUAGCUGAUGCUUGUCUCUUUCGAAUCAGAUGGUAGAUUUAGAAAUCCCCCGGAGAUCCAACCCACAGAUUAAUGUGUACCUCUUAAAGAUCAAGUAUCCUGAAUUUUUAAUUCUCCCUGUGUAUAUUUGCAGUCAAAUUACUUUUAGGAAAAAAUUUUAGGAUACUUUUAGGAUAAAUUUUAGGAAAGAAAACUAGAAAAACACUUGCUGUGAAAGCAACUUACUUCCCAGGACAGCAGGAGUGUCUCUUGGUUAACUAAUUUGUUUUACUGAGCCACAAACAAUCAGAGCGACCUGCACUUGUAAUUCCCUUGUAAAGUGUACUAUUCGAGAAACCAUUCUCCAGUGUGCUCUGGCUAUGACCCAGCUGAUUAGAAUGCCUGGAACUGCCACUAUAUCAAAAGAAGUAGCAGCAAGCUUGAUUAGUCUGUAACAUGAGAGGCAGGUGAUAGACAAGAUUCGAGGGUCAUCGUCUGUCCGUUCCCCCUCCCCGUCCCCCCUUUUCCAUUUUGAAUAAGCACAUAUAGAAAAUCCUGUUAACUGCUUGACAUCGCUACAGUACCAAUUAAACACAACAUUUCUGUCUUUAUGUAACGUUAUUUAAAAUAUGUAUAAGCAAACCAGGUUUCUGGUAGAAUGUCUAUCGCACCCCCAGAGCCAGACUCACAUUUGUAUUCAUAUCUCUAAUCUGAAAAGCCUCCAAAUCUGAUUUUUACUUGCAUUUCUACCACAUGGAUUUUCAUUUUCAGAACCAUGUCCCAUAUUAUGAAUGAUUGUCAUGUGAGAAUACAAGAAAUUUACCAGCCUGUGGGGUAAAUGUGCAAUUUAUUAUAAUUAAAUAUAACAUGGUGAUACAACAAUGUGCCUUGUUCUCAAUAUAACAAUCCACCUGUAAAUACUGUAGCAUUGCAUUCAGUGAUUGUGCUUCGGCUACAUUUGUAUCUCUGGACAGUGAAGCAGUUCUAUUUUAUAGAUAAAAUGUACAUAUACAUAGUGACUUUGAGAAGACAGGUUUUUGACAAAGAGGGCAGAAAACCUUUGUGCAAAAUAUAAAUGUGAGCUUUAAUUGGCUGAUUGAUUUAUGUAUUUUUUGGUUGUUUCCUUAUUAUAGCUGAUACCAGUUAAUGAAUGUAUGAUUGUUCAUCACAAAAUGUUGUUUUCCCUUAUUACUAAAGCUUGAUUUUUUUCAGUUUCUGCAAGUAUGGUAAUAAAUGAAUAUAAAGCGGUA